UUUCCAGCCCCGUUCCCCACCGUUAUCCCCCUUUUCCAGCCCCGUUCCCCCAAUUAUCCCCCUUUUCCAGCCCCGUUUCCCAAUCCCGGUGCCCACCCCGUGCCCGUUUCCCCCGGUUAUCCCCCUUUUCCCGUCCCUUUUCCCGAUAUCCUGCCCAAUUCCCGCCCCGUUUCCCUCCCCUGGCACCACCCCCCUGGCACGGGCCGGGCCAUGGCGGCCCCCGAGGGCACCGCGGGGACAUUCCAGGCUCUGGAAUGCGGCGGCGACGACCCGCAUUCCAUGGGAUGGGCUCCCAUUCCCGUCCUGCGCCAGGUUUUGGCCACCUGUGUUUAUCCCGAACUUUUGGACACGGACACGUUUCCCGAGGCCGUUCGGGGCCGGGCCCGCCGGAUCCUGCGGGAGAUGGACAGCGGGAAUAUCGGUGGGUACAACCACGAGCACCGAUCCCGGUGUGUUCCCGAGCGCGUGUCCCGGUUCCUGGAGCGGCGGGACGGGAUCCCCUCGGACCCCAAAAACAUCAUCCUGUGCAGCGGCACCGCCUCCAUCCUGCCGCCUUAA